AUGUUCCGUCGCGCCACAAUAUCUUGUUUGUAUUCCACACACGCUCACGUUCUCACUCCCACCAUCACAUCUCACAUGAUGCUUGCCCAAAAGUCUAACCCUUCGGCUCCGAUGACCGUAUCGGCAACAUCAACUCCUGGCACGUCCAUAUUUGACCUCGAACAAACAACGAAUAUUGAACCAGCUAUACAAGCACCUCACUGUUCACUUCCAACAUGGCGAAAAUACCUGGUCCUCGCAACAGUAUCUUGGAUGGCCCUAGUUGCCAGCUAUUCCACCACUUCCCUCCUUCCAGCAACACCCGAAAUCGGUGCCGAGUUUCACACGACUGUUCCCAUUCUCAAUAUCACCAAUUCGGGGUUUCUUCUCUGCAUGGGAUUCUCAUCCUUCAUUACUGGCCCUUUGGUUGAAGUACUUGGCAGGAGGAAAGCGUACAAUGCGGCGCUCGCGAUAUUUCUGGGCUGCUCAGUUGGUACUGCUUUGGCUCCGAACUUGGGAGUCUUUGUGGGCAUGAGGACCCUAUCAGCAUUUGAAGGUACUCUGUUCAUGGUCGUUGGCCAGACUAUCCUGGCUGAUAUCUUUGAGCCGACCCUUAGAGGUCGUGCAGUUGGUUGCUUUCUAGCUGCUACAGUCAGUGGGCCAGCAAUUGGUCCCAUCAUCGGCGGCAUCAUUGUGACAUAUACCACUUGGCGAACGAUCUACUGGGUUCAAGUCGGCAUGAUUGCUGCUGGACUGAUCGCAUCACUGCUCUUUGUUCCCGACAUCCGUCCAACAUCGAAACACCUUUCCGCUACCGACAACGAAAAGUCGCAUCCAUCAUCCAUCCAAGAUAUCCGAUCUUUAUUCAAUCCAUUGAAGCUCCUCCAGCCAUUGGUGUACCCUAACGUGCUUCUUGCAGACAUUGCAUGCGGCCUCCUCUCCACACUACAAUAUGGCCUUCUAUCUUCCAUUCGCGAGAUCAUCAAUCCAAGAUUCGACCUCACGACACCUCUCAUCAGCGGCCUAUUCUACAUCGCUCCAGGAGCAGGUUUCCUCCUCGGCAGCAUCAUCGGCGGUCAAUUCUCCGACCACACUGUACAGAAAUACAUGCUCAAACGCAAAGGAGUCCGCCUACCGCAAGACAGACUGAACAGUGGGCUUCUGGCUAUGAUACUCGUUGUCCCUGGAGCUGCAUUGACAUUUGGAUGGACGUUGCAGAAGGAAGUCGGAGGAAUGGCUGUUCCGGUCAUCAUGAGCUUUGUGGCUGGUGCGGGGUUGAUGGGAAGUUUCAACGGGUUGAAUACUUAUACCGCCGAGGUCCUGCCAUACAAGAGGUCAGAAGCCAUUAGCGGAAAAUACGUCAUUCAAUACAUGUUUGGCGCAGCAAGCACGGCUAGCAUUGUCCCCUUGAUUACCACAAUUGGUGUGGGUGUGGCGUUCACUAUAUUGGCUUGCCUGGUCGUAAUGGCUGGUUUGAUUGUCCUUCUGAUCGCCAAGAGGGGCCUGGACAUGCAGGUAUGGGUCGAAAGCUAUCUCGGAAAGGAGGAAGACAGGUGA